UAGGAACAAACAAUCUAGAAAUUAAUACUCGAAGAUAUCAAACAGCUACAUACCAGAUGUUACGAAAUUUUACAAAAUUUAUCAGUGGGGGGAGACAAAAAAUCCGCCACUUCAUUUGAAAAAACUUAAGUAGUGUAAACUCCCAAAAGAGCAAUGGAACGGAACCGGGACUUCCUUUCCCACAAAGCAAGAUGGCGGCCUACAUUAGGCGACUGCACCACAUUUCUCUGCACGUCUCCAACGUGGACAAAGUGGCCCACGACUUCACUUCCAAAUUCAAGUUCAACUUGUUCGCCACCAGGCUGACCGAGCGGACCCGACAGCUGGUCUUCCGGAGCGGGACGGCGGUGUUCGUCGUCAACGAGAGGACGACCCCAGGCGAGCCGCAGCAUCAGCCGGCGGGCUGCCUGUACGACAUCCCCGCCUCCUACCCGGUGGACACGGCGUGCAACGUUUGUUUCGAGGUGAACGACGUUCACGGUUCCUUCGAGGCUCUGCGGCGGCUGGGCUGCAGCUUCCCGGUGCCGCCCACCACCGUGCGAGACCCCCUGGGCCAGGUCACCUACGCCGUGCUGCGCUCCGUGGUGGGCAACGUGUGCCACACGUUGAUCGACAAGAGCGACUACAGGGGCAGCUUUUUGCCCGGCUUCCGGGUGACGGAGGGCGGCCGAGAGCGGCCCGAGGCCGUCACUCACGUGGACCACGUCACCUACGCGUGUCCCACCGGCAGCAGCCAGCAAGUCCUCAGGUGGUACCAGCGACUUUUGGGCUUCCAGAGAUUCUUUAUGCACAGCAACGACGAGGCCGACGGCGGCUUGGUCAUCGACCAGAAGGGCGUGGGCCUCCGCCUGACCGCCAUGGACUACUGGAAGUGCGGCGAGUCGGGCCUGUCGCUGCCCAGCGCCCGGCAAGACGAGCCCGGCUGCAAGUUCGUCCUCGCCGAGUCGCUGCCCGAGCAAGGCAGCAACCAGGUGAACACUUUCUUGGAAGAGCACCGGGCGGCCGGGAUCCAGCACAUCGGGCUGUACACGGACAACAUCCUGGCGACGGUGCGCAGCAUGGCCGACGCCGGCGUGCGCUUUUUCUCGCCGCCGCCUGCCUACUACACUCAGGUGGGCAAACUGCAGGAAAUCGAGGACGCGGGACAGGACGCGCAGAAGCUGGCGCGCUACGGAAUUCUUCUGGACGCCGACCCGCUCCAAAAGGCCUCGGCAGCCAGCACGGCGCAGAGGUACCUCUUGCAGGUGUUCUCCAAGCCCAUCUUCGCCGAGGACACCUUCUUCCUGGAGCUGAUCCAGCGCCAGGGGGCGAGCGGCUUUGGCGAGGGCAACGUCCGGGCCCUGUGGCGCUCGGUGCAAGCGUACAUGGAGGGCGACGAGGCGGACGGCGCUUCCCAAACGGGCCUGGAACAGUCGCGAUGAGCACUUCAAGGCACACUGGAAAGGCUUUUUUUUUUUUUUUUUAAACUGCUUUUUAAAAAUAUGGAACACGUGUAUGACGCAAGAUGAUGAAUGCACUAAUUUAUUUUGAUCAAUUAAACGCAGAGGUAUUUUAGAGUAUAAUAUGGUAAAUUGACAUUUAUUCUACGGGACCCUGGGGCACUACGGAUAGACUUGAAAUGUUAGAAGCAAACUAUAUUCUCUCUUCCUCGGAUACUAUAUGAUGGAAAACAAAAUUACAAAGUAGGCUCCUUCUGAUUGGUCGUUUUCCUCCUCGCCUAUUUAUAUUACAUAUUCAACGUGUGACACCAGCUAAACCUGUCGUGAUGCACGCUAACUACUGCUUACUUUACGUGCAAUAUUGUAAACGACUACUUCUUCGUGAGGCUCAAGCACUCCCCGCGACCCUUGUGAGGAUAAGCGGCUAAUAAAAUGGAUGGAUGGAUACUUCAUGUGCUCACAAAAACACAUCUGCAUCUCUUACCAUUUCUGAGCCUCAUUUUGUUUUUAAAAAUGUCAACUUUUAAAGUGCUUAUUUGCUAAUAAAAUCAAUUAAAAUAUAUAA